ACCAACGUGAUUUAAUAAACCGGCAAACGAUGACGGUCUCUGCCAAAAACAUCCCCCCAAUAAUUUUAAUUUUUUUCGUUAGAUUAACGAAAAUUUUCGAGAUACGCGGGGUCAAAAACCGACCUAAGAGCGCCCCUCUCCUACGCAUUGCACACGCAUAGGGCGGGGCUUAACAGUUGAACGCAACUCGCACAUGUCACAAACUUGCAUUGUUAUGGUGCACCUCAAAGAUUGUACGUGUAAAGAGUGCCUUGACACAGGUCCCGAUCCUUCCGGUUCACAAUGCCUAACGAAAACAAACUUAACACUGCCGAAGAAAUUUUUAUAAAAAAUUUAUUUUUACGAUGCAAAACCGAAUCGGUCGAGGAAGAUUUUUGGCCACAAGUGUCCGAAAUGGUGGGUUAUUACAAUGAAGCCAUGUUACCCGUCGGGGGGCCAGUGCAGACGUCCGAAGAAUCGCGAUUAUCAGUAAAACGUGUUGUGUGCAGUCCUGACUUGCCAAUCAGCAGUUUCCCGAGUUCGCAAACGGAUCAACAAAAUAAUCAGUGCCAAUUAUGUAAUAAGUUGUUUACAUCAAAAACGGCGUUUCAAGCCCAUCAGCGCACUCAUGCGAAGGAAACUGACGAUCCCUAUCGAUGUAAUAUUUGUUCGAAGACCUUCGCAGUACCUGCUCGCUUAACACGCCACUAUCGCACGCAUACUGGCGAAAAACCAUUUCGUUGUGAAUUCUGCAACAAGAGUUUCAGCGUGAAGGAGAAUCUAAGUGUGCACAGGAGAAUCCACACGAAAGAAAGACCGUACAAAUGCGACGUGUGCUCCAGAGCAUUUGAACAUUCGGGUAAGCUGCAUAGGCAUAUGCGGAUACACACCGGUGAACGCCCACACAAAUGCACGAUCUGCUCGAAAACCUUCAUCCAAUCCGGACAAUUGGUGAUCCACAUGAGGACCCAUACCGGUGAAAAACCCUACGUUUGUUCAGUGUGUCAAAAGGGAUUCACCUGCAGCAAACAACUGAAAGUGCACUCGCGCACCCACACUGGUGAAAAACCCUACUCCUGCGAGAUCUGCGGAAAAUCAUUUGGAUACAAUCAUGUGCUUAAGCUACACCAAGUGGCGCAUUAUGGAGAGAAAGUCUACAAGUGCACAAUCUGCAACGACACAUUCAACUCCAAAAAGUCAAUGGAAGCUCACAUUAAAAGUCAUUCCGAAAACGCCUCACCUACCUCACUAAUCCCAAGCGACUCCUCUUGCUCAUCAAGCAGCGACAAAGAAAACAAAGACACCCCCAUAGACAUUGUACCUACCAUUCCCGAACCCGCAGUCGUCAGCUACGAUUCCGAUAUCCGCUACUACCUCUACACAAAAGACCGAAGCCGCCUAUCGCCUCCACCGUUCUCCUACAUCCCACACUCUCCCAGCUAUGCAUCAUCAGGAGUCGAACUACUAGCGGCCGCUGCAAGCGUAACCGAACGCGUGCAGCACUCGCCCGACGUGGUCUUAAACUUGAUCUCUAAAACCGCCCCGGACAUGGUGGCCACACUUCGACAUCCGGCGUACUUCUCCGCCCCAACUCUUCACUACGACACACCGCUGACGGCCGGCGACAAUAUCAGGCGACAAGUGGAAGCGUGCCUGGCAGUCGAAGAAAUCGCGUCGGAAGACGAACCCAGCAUUACACCACCAAGUUCCAAUCCAGUCUCGCCCGCCCCAUCCCUCUCACCUGAUCCCGAACUCAGCCUACCUCCCAGGAAACGAUCGCGAAUGAUUCUGAAAUCCAUGGAGACGAUCUUCACCGAAGACUCAUCUCCCGUACGUUACAGCUCUGUCAUACAGUAUGCGCGCGCGUCUUAAGCUUCCACGCUUCUUCAACUCUCUUCAUUUGCGCGAUUCCUCUUUUUUUUUGAAAGCAGCAGAAGGAAAAAUGAAGUGGUAUAGAAAACAGAACGGUUUUUUUAGUUUUCUGUGAUAAGACUGCAAGAAACCAACAUUUACCUCAUAGCCGUGCCUAGGGCUCAGCCCCUCGCAAUAUUUUACACUACAAAAAUACAUUGUCACGUCAUAAUGCGGUGUAGUAAUAAUAGUAAUAUAAAUUAAUUCUA